UGUCAGCUUAUCGCCUUUCAUUGCUCAUAUGCUCUGCGCCUGGAGCUCAUGCUGUUACCGGAUAUCUAGACGACGGGUGGUUGUUUCGCCUCUUCUGGCUUGUUUUUAACCCACGAAAAUCUGACAUGACCGUACUAAACUUUUAAAUAGUCUAAAAUUGAUCAAAGGUGAGGGGGUCUGUCGCUGGGGGGUAAUGUAUUAUCGGUUCGUGGCUCCUUCCUCUGGUUUCACAAAGGAGCCGUGGUUUUCUCGGAGUCCGGUCACAGAGCACCGAACGCCCGCAAGUAGCCUCUAAAUCCUCGGGGAAGGAGGGAGGGGGAAACCCAGAGAAACACCACCACCAUGGCGAGCGACGACUGCAGGAAAGAUGAGUCGCUGGAGGAUAACCGCACAGACUCGGGCAUCGACUCGUACCGCUCCAUUCUGAAGUCUGAGGAGCCCCGGGAGCCGAGCGUCGACUUCAGCGGGCCCAGGGACAAGUUUUCCACCGUGGAGGAGCACUUCGACUCAGCUUAUGACUCUUCGUCCAUCACGGUGGAGAGUCUGACGGAGAUAGUGGGGGUUCAAACGCAUUCCAGCGCCAAGGAGGAGCAAGCACCGAGCUCUGAACUCUCUGAACAGGAGGAGAACUUGCUCACAACUAUCACUGAAGAUGGAGACACAAUCCUGCACUUAGCGAUCAUCCAUGAAGAGGAAUUCAUCUCCAAACAGUUGAUACAGAUAUUCCCAAAAGAAGUCCUGGACAUCCAAAAUAAUUUAUACCAGACCCCUCUGCACCUGGCCACCUACCUGAACCUGACAGAUGUGGUGAAGCAGCUGGUGGAGAAGGGGGCCGGUCUGGAGCUGCAGGACCAGGAGGGGAACACAGCGCUGCACAUGGCCUGCCAGCACGGGCAGACGGAGUGCGCCACAGAGAUUACCCGAGACGUUUCCCCCAGCAAGAUGGCUCCGGUCCUUGAGACCCAGAAUUGGAGAGGUCUCACUUGCCUUCACUUGGCUGCACUGAACAGACAACAUCAGAUAAUGAAGCUCCUGGUGAAAAAAGGAGCAGACCUGAACAUCCAGGAAGGAACCAGUGGAAAAACUGCUCUUCAUCUCGCCACCGAGCUGCACGACAUCACAUCAGUGAAGCUGCUGCUCAGCUGGGGAGCCAACGUGGAUGCCGCCAUGUUUAACGGCUGCACGUCGCUGCAUCUCGCCGUGGGGAGACAGGACGCCACCAUCGCACACCUCCUCUGCCAGUCUGGCGCCGACACAAUGCUCCGAAAUAUGGAGGACGAAACAGCGCUGGAUUUGGCUGACGGCAACGACGAUAUUCUUGCUCUUUUUCCUUUUGAUGACAUCCAGAUCUCCGGGCGGUCGGUGGUCAGUGUGAAGUUUUGAGCUGAAUCUUAGGCUUAACAACAUUUAUUAAAUUGCCUGGAGCUUCAUGCUAGUGGAAAUAUUUGAUUUAAAAACAAAAGAAAAGAAAAAAAAGCUGAAUUUUAGCUAACGUUUUUUUUAUUCAAUAGCGCCUCUAUUUGUAGAACAUCCUGAUUUGAUGUGUAUUUAUCCAUUAACUAGACAAACAAGUGCAAAACAUAAGAUUACUUCCCCCUGACAAAGAGAGUGAUUCUGAUUUAUGGCACACUGAGAGAGGGUCAUUGGUUCAGUUAUUUGCCUCUGGAGGUGUUGCUGCAAAAGCCACCUCCUUUUAAAUGAACAUAAAAGACUACCUCUUAAUCACAUUAACAUAUUUUACAUUUUAAUAUUGGACAUUUAAAUUGCUUUUUUUCACAGUUUCUAAAACUGUAGUAGUGCUUUGACUGCAUUGUGUUCAUAGCCAUCAUUGUAGCCACACAAAUACUUUUUCUAACAUUUCUUUUUGCAACACCAAUAACUUACGGACAAUCACAGAACGAUAUUUUGAGGAAUGUAAUCAGAGAUAAAAUGUCAAACUAACUGUGUCCCAAAGAGACCUGCAAGACGAUGAAGACAAACUAAUCACUGCUUGUUCUUAGGAAACCGAUAAACCGUAUAAAAAUAUAAUAUAUAACACAAAAUGCGGCUUCCUCCUUUGUGAUUUUUCAGCUUUGCUACUUCAUGUAGUCAAGCGGUUUUCUCUAUUUAUCUCAUCCUAUCCUUAAUCUGCAGUAAACUGUUCCUGUACUUUGGUGUAUAAUUACACUGCCCUGUCUAGUUAAUAUAAGCCGUUUGUUCAUUUUGUAAUAAAAUGGAAAAAAAACUCA